AUAUACGAUAUCUUCACGGCAAGGCACUGUUGUUCCACAAUCACUGUAUCCUCAAGCCUGCCGUCAAAUACUGCCACACUUUACACAAUGGGUUUUAAAACUGCCACACUCUACAAAAUGGGUUUUAAAUCGCAGGACUUUACAAAGCUUAGGUCCACAACGUCUUGAAUGUCAUAGAGCGAUUUAUCUUGCUAACGGACCAACUCCCUACGAAGGAAUUCUCCAAAUUAGUUCAGAGAAUGACUUUGCAUUUGUGUGUGUAAUGAGCAAUCACUUACACACUGCUACUGAAGUUUGUAGACAACUUGGAUAUGAGCGACACACCAAUUCCAUUUACCACAGUGCAUCAGCAAUCCCAACAACUUACAUAUCACAAACUUCAUCCCCAGCGAAAAUAUCCCAACAUGAACAACUAUGUAACCACAGAAUCAGCUGUAGAAGUACAUGUGAUCAACUCUUCCUUCCUCACGGUAAUUGGCAAUCCGGAUGCCCACAAACACUGGAAGGACAAACUUGUGACUUUUCUUGUGAUGCUGGUUAUGGAAUGAUAGGAUCAUCAUCUCGAACCUGUACAAGCAAUGGAUGGACAGGGAAUCACCCAUUUUGUGAUGGAGACUUAUGGAAGACUGACAUUGAAAGAGAAAGUCAUAGAAAGUCCUAUCUUAGCCAUCGUGACCUGUCCAAUUAUCUGAAAAAUUAUUUAUGUGACAACUAUCCAGGAGUCUAUUGGAUGGUUUCAGUCUACGAUCCUGUUACUGGUUUUCAUGUACACACUGUCAAAGGACAGGUUAGAAAGGUUUAUUCACGUUUUCGUGUUAACGGAAAACAUAACAUUGUGGUAGGACAAAGCCUACCCAACAUUGGAUCACCUCACAAUGACUUGAGUGAUUUGUUUAGGCAAGCAUAUUCUCCCAAGUAUGAUCAAACAGGAUGGUUUGGAUGGGGUGGUUCAGUUUUAAAUGCUCAGCGUACAGUUAGUGCAACGUGGGGCAAGCUUGUCAAUCUCGGAGUGAGACCAAUCAUGCUUCUUAUUUACAGGAGCACAUUUAGCGGUGCAUGGGCUUCGUGUUAUGACGAAAAUCGAGUGCAUAUCAGAAAGGGUGUGGUAUUGCUGAUAGAAUGACGUAUACGCGAUGUCAAGCUUAACAUACCAGUUAUAAUUAUAAAUACUUAUUAAUUGUACAAGUUAUAAUUAUCAAGAUUUAUUAAUUGAUACUAUUUAUAAUUAUUAUGCACACACCAACGUGGAAAAAGCCCACUUUGUGUCAGAGGGUUGGAAUAAUACAGGAAUAAUUUGGAAUAGUCCAAUUGCUUUACAUGCAAAUUGGUAUGGGAAUUACAAUAUGCAAGCUUUUCACACAUUGCAAAAAAAUACAGGAAACGUCCGAUAAUAAUACAGUUCCUAUUAUUAUUGGUCUCUUUGUUCCGCUACAAGAUUUAUUUGUAACUCCUGUAAGUGGUUUACCUGCAGCCAUUAAGAAUUGAUGCUUGAUACUUAAUUAAACAAUGUGUUGACCAGCGGUGUAACCAGGAUUUUUUUCUGGGUGGUUCGUGAUUAUACGAUUUUUGACCUUUUCAUAAUGAAAUAACUGUACAGCAAGAUAUUAAAAUUUUAAUACACUGUUGAAACCAAAAACAGAGACUGCUGGAAUUCAGAUAGAUUAACCUCACACAAUUGGCCAUUUUUGUGUUAGCAUUCCUUACAUUUGUAACUUUUUUUGUUGUGUGUACUACAUGUUAGCAUUAGUUAUUAGAAUU